GGCUCUAUUAGCGGCAUUAGCAAAUGUAACACGCCCGUCCUCUCUACUAAGAUAUCAAGUACGCAUUUAAUAGUAGAAGUUAUAGUUGCGAUUUUUAUCAAAAUUUAAAAAUGGUUGAAGGAAAAAUGAACGUAAUUAAAUAUCUAAUGUUCUUCUUUAAUUUCCUUUUUUGGUUAAGUGGAUUGGCUCUAAUCAUUGUUGGUGGAAUAAUAAAAAAUAAUUAUGGAGAUUACUUCUCUUAUGCGGAUAGCAAGUUCACGACUGCUCCAGUAUUUAUUAUUGCUGUUGGUGUCAUUGUUUUUGUUAUUGGAUUUUUAGGUUGCUGUGGUGCGAUCAAAGAAAACUAUUGUAUGGUGAUGGUAUUUUCAGUCUUGUUGGGACUUAUUUUUAUAUUAGAAAUUGUUGCUGGAAUUUUAGGAUUUAUUUAUAAAAACAAGGUUCAAGAAUAUGCAGUUGAUGGAUUGAAAAGAGCUGUUAAAGAAUACGAGAACAAAGAUGAACCUGGAGCAAGUGAACUUCUUGAUUGGGCUCAACUUAAGUUUGAAUGUUGUGGCGCUAAUGGACCAUCUGACUAUAAAAAUUUAACAAAAAAUGAAACUUGUGGAACUACUCAAGGUGUUAAAACAUGUCACAAAAAUAAAGAUUGUGCAAAAAAACUUAACAAUGAAGGCUGUAAAUCUAAGUUUGAACAGUUUAUUAAGAAGAAUCUUGUUGUUGUUGGAGUUAUUGCUUUGAGCAUUGCCUUUAUUCAGCUGCUCGGAAUCGUUUUUGCUUGUUAUUUGAUGAAAGCUAUUAAAGGAGAAUAUGAAGUUGUUUAAAUGUUACAAAAAAAUUAUUUUUGUUAUGAUGCUUAUAUUGAAAUCUUCAUUUGAAUCUUUGGACACUGUUAAUUUAACCAAAUUUGCUUAAAAUUAAAAAUGAGAAGUUUAGUAAAUAUUUUUUUUUCUUUUUUUUUUUUUCUUUUUUUUUUUAGAAGCGCUUCAAGUGCACUUUUAUUUAUUUUCUACUUUUUUUAUGAAUAUAUGAUAAACAUUUGAUAUUUUGUCAUUGUCAAAGAUGUUUGUAUUCUGAAUUUUAUUAAUCUUCAUUAAAAAGCCGUCUUCUA